ACCGAGCAGAAAGCUUCACAACCGACGGGCUUCUCCCUUGGAGACCCUUGCUGAGUCCUCGCGGGGCGCGUGGCCCAAUAACGGUUCAGGGGCAGGUUUCAGUUGAUUCGUUGGGUGGGAUGCUGCUCGAAUAUUCAACCAAUGGGGCACGUCGAAAAUAUUGGGAUAUGACGUUUCGUUGUUAUCGAUCGCUGAGUAUCUCGCCCGUGAUUCAAAGGAAUGAGCGAUGACCUCGAGAAACGCUUCACUCGCUCUUACCACUCCUUGCUCUUUCCACUCAUUCCCACUCGUCCCGUUUCGUCGGCUGCUCGUUCCUACUCAAUUGGACCCAUUAGAGCAUCGUAGCCUUCGUAGGCCACAGGAUAGAUCAGCGAUUGUUUAGUUUAGUCACCAACCACUCAUCCAGCCACUGCGGCUUUUGAGUCGACUCAAAGGUCACCUAGACUAGUAGCGAUUGUUUCCCGUAGUCACCAACCACCCAUCCAGCCGCUGCGUUAUGCAUGCCGCGGAGAGAAUCGCGGAAGCGGAGGGAUCCGCGGAAGGGGAGCACUAGGGCAAGCGGAAGCACCAUGCGCGGAAGGGGGAGCACUUGGGCAAGCGGAAACUCCAUGCGCGGAAGGGGAGGGAGUUUCAGAGGUGCAGCGCGGAACGAUGGAGCAUGCGCAUGCGCAUGUGGCGGCUGAAUUCGCGGAUCCACGUGGCAGUGCGGGGUUACCGGAUGCGCUCGAGGGUGACGGUGGCGGCGGCGGGGCUGCAAAGCUGAACGCGGAGGAAGAGAUGAAAUCGCUGUCGCGCGUGAUCGCCGCUUAUAUGAACUACCCCUUUGCGGCCGACUGGACGGUGCAGCGGUGGGAGCGGGCCUACGCCAGGCUGUCGCCACGUCAACAGGCCCUGCUGUCGCAUCUGCCCGCAAAAUAUGCAUCCAUUCGCAUGUGCAUCGCACACAACGCCCGCUUCCUCACUGAAAUGCUUCAGGCGUUCGAGCCUCCCUUCCCUCCCUCCCAGCCUCAUGCACAUGGUUAUGGGGAUGGUGCACAUGGUUAUGGGGAUGGUGCACAUGGUUAUGGGGAUGGUGCACAUGGUUAUGGGGAUGGUGCAUUUGGGGAUGGGCAUGAGCAUGGCGCACAUGGUGCACAUGGCGCAUUUGCACGUCACCAUGAGCAGCGUAGUUGUGAGCAUGGACAUGAGCAUGGUGCAUUUGCACAUGGCGGUUGUGAUGAGUAUGCCCAUGGGCAUGGGGAUGGGCAUGGGGAUGGGCAUGGGGAUGGGCAUGAUCAUGCAUCAGGCAGAGAAUAUAACCAUGGUUGUAACCAUGCACCGUCACAUGCUGACCACCACCAUCAUCACGACCAGCAGCAGCAGCAGCAGCAGCAAAGGGCACCCGCAGCCGUGCAAGCAAGGAGCGUUCCUUUGAUGGAUGAUGCUAUGGGGCUGGAAGAAAGAGAGGAGGGGUUGAAUGGGAGAGAGGUGGGGAAGGACGAAACAGAAGAGGAGGAGAGAGGAGGUGGGAGAAACACCACGUUAGAAUCAGGCCCAUUGGUAGAAGCACACCCGCCUUCCUUCCCCCAAGUGUCGCCCUCUCACAAGGAAGCACAAGAGCAGCCUGCCUCUUCUAGACCUCGAAUUCCCGGGUCAUUUGCCAAUGUACCCCGGGUGUACCCCCCUCCGUGGUUCCCCUUGCCUCGGAAUCUCCCAGACGUGCCGCCUGCUGACGUGGACAAGGUUAGGUGCGUUCUUCGGAACAUAGUUCGGGACUGGGCGGCGGAGGGGGCGGCAGAGCGUGAACAGUGCUACGCCCCCAUCUUGAGGGAGCUUCGCAGGAAGUUUCUUGGGCUGGGGAGCGCGGAAGGGAGAUCCAGUCAAGAGGCAGCAGGUGCACUCAGUGGAGAUUGCUGGGCAGCAAGUCCCUUCAGAGCAAACUGAGCACGAGAUUUUAGGGCAGAAUUCGCAGGAUCAACAGCAAAGGGCAGAUCAGCACCCGCAUCAACAUCAGCAGCAGCAGCAGGGUUCCAGUACCCCGUCCCAGCAGGAUUCCACUCCCCAUCCCCAUCCCCAUCCCCACCCCCCAACCUGCCUCGUUCCAGGAGCAGGCUUGGGUCGCCUUGCCCUAGAGAUCUCCCGCCUGGGGUUCGAAACCCAGGGGAACGACUUCUCCUACUACAUCCUCAUCUGCUCCGGCUUUCUCCUCAAUUACCCCGAGUUUCCCGGGCAGUUCUGCAUCUUCCCCUGGAUCCUCUCCAGCUCCAACAACCUCUCGGACGAGGAUCAGCUCCGGCCCGUGCUUGUCCCGGACCUGGUGCCGAGCCUGGCGGGGAUCACCGAGGGGUUUUCCAUGUGUGCUGGCGAUUUCGUGGAAGUUUACAGCCACCCUGAUCAGAGAGGUGUGUGGGACAGUGUAGCAACGUGCUUCUUCAUCGAUACUGCCCGCAACAUCGUAGACUACAUCGAGAUUCUUUUUAAGCUGCUUCGGCCGGGCGGAGUGUGGGUAAAUCUCGGCCCGUUACUAUACCAUUUUGCCGAUACACUGACUCCUGAUGGCUCCGACGAAUUAUCUAUAGAAUUGAGUGCAGCAGAUGUGAAGCGGAUUGCUCUACAGUGCGGGUUUAGAUUGGAGAGGGAAGAAAUGCUUAAAGCCAACUACACUUCGAAUCCUAGGUCGAUGAUGCGGACUGAGUACACUUGUUGUAUGGACUAUGGUUAAGGACUUUUAAAGAGAUGCUAUAUACGGGUACUGCCAGCUGACACUUCAUCCACCAUUGCCUCUUCAGCUUAUAUUGAAUCGGAG